UAUAUCGAACCUUAUAUUUUUUUGCUAAGGUCCCUGAAACCAUAUAUACAAUACAUGAUUUGUCCCGUUGACCUUUCCCCCCGGCAAGUCAAUUAUCUCUUUGUCCCAUUAUCUAUAUCUCAGACACUCUUUCGGUCGUCAUAUUUCUUUGGGGCCUAAAUUUUCAGUGUGUAAAUGGGUAUUUUUCCUGAGUUUGGUGGCUGGAUCAGUCAGAACACUCAACAGCAUAAAAAAUCUGAAAAUGUUAAAUCCAAGCCUGUGAGAGAGAAAAAAACUCACGAUGAGAGAGAUGAGACGAAGGAGCAAUUAAAACUGUGGAGAGAUGCAAAUAAGAAGGAACAAUAUAAUGAACCUUCUCCUACGGUGAAGGUGCAUACAGACCAUAAAAUUGAUAGCUUUUCCAGUGUGGACAUGGAUUUUACAUUAGGAUUGCCACCUCAAGCAGCUUACGACCUUUUAACUAAUCAAGACAACAAAACAUACUCCAGAGAAAUCAAUGGCCGCCCACUUCUGAAAGCCAUAUCAAGAAAAGUUACAUCAGAGAUAGGUAUGGGGAAUAGGCCGGUCCUGGAGGUUGAGAAAGAGUUGUCAUGGAACUUCCUUUUCUUUUCUGGAACUAUCCCAAUACGUCUAAAUGUCCUCGAAGAGCCAAAAGAACUUGCUGCAUAUAACUGGAAAAUGAGAAAAGGAAUGGACUACAUGGAAACGUUCAAGGUUAACUAUAGAGUGGAGCCAAUGUAUGUUGAUGCAGAACGCUUGUGCAAGCACAAGAAGCCGAAGAGUAUAGAAGAAUACAGAAAAUGUAGUGGUGGAAAAGGAUUGAUUGCGUCCAAGGUUAAAGUGGACCAGAAUUUUAGGCCUUCUUUUCCUUGGAAUCUGCCACUGCUGUCUUGGUACUUUCGCCGGUUCACUGUUGCGACCACUAAGAAAGUGGUGGAAGAUCUUCAAACCCGGGCUGGCGAUAUCCGUCGGUUGUAACCAGUGGCGGACCCAGGAAUUUUUUUAACAUGUGUCAAUAUAUAAUUAAAAAAUAAAUGUUUAAAACCAUAAAAAAAAAAUUUAUAAAAAUACUCUACGAUCUUUCA